UUAAAGGGACGCACCCACUGAUGAAACUCCUGUGUUUAAAUUAUUAUGCUUCCCUUUAAGGAUCAUGGAUUAUGGCAAACUACUCAACCUUCGUCAUACUAUAUUCCUUUAUCUGCGUCGCUAUAAGUGAAUCAAUAUUUUUGGAAAAUUCGAGCUGAAUCGAGAUUUUUGAUGAAUAUGUGACUGGUAUUUCUCUGCUCUGACGGGUAUUUCUCUGCUCUGACGGGCAUUUCUCUACUCUGACCGAGUUGAUUUGAAGGGCAUUUCUCUGCUCUGACGGGUUGCUUUGCCGGGUAUUUCUCAGCUCUGACCGGGCUGCUCUGACCGAGCUGAUUUAAAGGGCAUUUCUCUGCUCUGACAGGCAUUUCUCUGCUUUGAUCGGGCUGCUCUGACGGGUAUUCCUCUGCUCUGACCGAGCUGAUUUGAAGGGCAUUUCUCUGCUCUGACAGGUUGCUCUGCCGGGUAUUUUUCAGCUCUGACCGGGUUGCUCUGACGGGUAUUUCUCAGCUCUGACCGGGCUGCUCUGACGGGUAUUUCCCAGCUCUGAUCGGGAUGCUCUGAGCGAGUAUUUUUGGUUCUGCAUGAGACAUUUAAUACAAUUCUUGGUAUUAUGCUAACUCUGCAUAUUAAUAGAUUCGUUGAUAUUUACAAGUAGUGCAUUUGGAUACCGAUAAUCUAAUUUCAUGAUACGUUUAUUUGAUCGUUCACAUACCAUUAAAGGAAGAAAUGAGAUAUAUAUUUUCCUUAUUAGCGGGUUUACAACCCUAUCUCAAAGGGCUCUCACCGUGUUUUUACUAAUAUUCGUGUUUAAGAAUUCUUGUAGCACAGGAAACACAGAUUUUGGGAAAGACUUGUACAAAUAUGAUAAACAUCAUAACAUAGAGAGGUAACCCACUAACUAGUGGUGAUCCAGGUACUUCGCAGAACUAUACUUUAUCAUUACAUGAUCUUGUCAAAACAUGUGAACCUGAUUGGGAUAUAUUAUUCUUUGUCACUUGGAAAAAAUCACGAUUUAUAUGAUCUUUGAUGGGAUUUGAAAAUUUGAAUGAAUUCAUCGAGAUAUGAAUGUGGGAAUCUAGUUAUGGCAAUGGAUUAUAUAAUCUAGGGUUCGAAUUCUCUUUGCAGCCUUGUCUUAAAGAGGCUCUCAUAUUAUUACUAAUAUAUGUGCUUAAGAUUUUUUGUAGCACAGGAUAAGCAAAUUUGGGGAAUGAUUUGAACAAAUAUGGUAAAUACCAUAAUGUAAAAAGGGUAACCUACUAGUAAGUGGUAAUUCAGGUACUUCGCUGAACUCUAUCAAUGGGAAGAGCAUGAUCGGGAUAUGUUAUAUUUUAUCACUUGGGCAAAAUCAUGAUUUAUAUGAUCUUUGAUGGGAUUUAUGAAAUUAUAAUGCUAUCUUGGAAGCUGCACAACUUCUGCAUAUGUGCUUAGAUUUGAAACGGGAAUUCACUUUUGAUACGAAACUGCACAACUUUCGCAUAUGUGCUAAAGUAUAAAUUGGAUGUGUGGUUUUAGGAAUUCCGCGGUGAAUUUCGCAUAUGUGCUAAAGUAUAAAUUAUAAUGCGUGGUCUUGUUCUCAUGGGAGGAAAAUCACUGCCCUUUUUGUCAUAGAACUUACAGCACUUCCAAGGAAACUUUGAAUUUUGCAGAGCAUGUUGCUAAAUGCAGAAUGAACCAGAGUGAAGAGUUUGACGACAUCGUACUUGACAUCUCUCUUCCCCCGAGAAUCGUUUUGCUGAAAGUUCAAUUAGCUACAAUUGAGGCAUCUAUUCCCUCAGAUGCUCUCGAAUCCUUCUGGUCAGACGAAUACAGAAAAUCUUGGGGCAGGAAGUUGCAUAUGUCAUUGACGGCUAAAGAGCUUCUUCAGUGCUUGACGUUGCUGGAAGAUAGCAUCAAGAGGGAAUUUUUGUCGGUGAAUUACGAGACCUCCUCUGAGAUAUUGAGUUCCUCCAAAGUCGUAGGAUGUUCAUCGAGACCUGGAGUGGUUCCGAUACCUCCAUGGAUGCCUCUUACUGCGCCUGCCGUGGCUUUAAGGCUCAUGGAUCUCGAUGCAUCCAUCUACUAUACGUACGAGCAUGAGGAAACUUGUGAGAAAAACGGCGAAGAUGGGUAUUUCAAUAACUUCUCGUCGUUGUAUUCUGCAUUCGGGUGUUCGGUGGAUAAUCCUUCACAAGCUGGAUCGUCUCGACUGGAUAACUGCUGGGUUGAUCUCCGUAAUGGCCGCUCCGUUCUCAAGCGAGGCCGGGGGCGCCCAAAAGGUCCGAGCCGCACUCGUGGAGGAAAAUUUCAGGGUAGGGCGGCCAACGCCCUUUAUGCGGAUGGAUUUUCCGGUGCCGGGAGUCGGAAUUUUACCGAGAGUGUCGAUUACGGGAAAGGCGAUGAGCAUGGCGAAGAUGUUGAUUAUGACGACGACGAAUACAAUGAUGAGGAAGACGAUGAUGGCGUGGAUGAACGCGAAGACUACUUUGCCGAAGGAUACGUCAACAGUGACUAUCAAGAAGAAGAGGGAAACCCGAUCGCAGGCAGAGAGCGAGUUCAGAACGCGGCGGGGAGCUCUGAUGGGGACUCGCCGUCUUCCUCCGAGUACAGUUACUAACGUUUGGCACCUCAAGAAAGGGAGAUAUACUUAUAUUGAAGUAGUGUAGCUGUAAUCAAUAAUUCUGUCUCAUCUUUCUUUUGGAGCCAUAGCUGACUUUAACUUAAACUGGAUAGUUUUAGGCAUCAAACGGCGACGUUUUGUUGUUAUAGGAAAAACGUAGUUGAAGGAUAAUUUUCACCAGUGUAUUUUCUGUGUUUCAAAUAUUUAAUUAAAUGGAUGAGUGAAAUGUGUGUCGAUCCAAAGAUGAAAUUA